AUGAGACACUCCGCCUAAAGCUCAUCCAAUUACCUUCUUCCACACUUUAUACUAUAACAAUGUCCAACGUGCUUGUCAUUGGAGGUUCCCGUAACAUCGGAUAUUACUCUGCUUUGCGGUUAUUGGCCGCCGGAUCGACAGUGACUUUCCUUCUGCGCUCCCCCAGUGUUUUCGACGGCGACGCCAAAGUGCAAGAAUACGUCAAGUCUGGAAAGGCUUUUCUUGUUCAGGGCGAUGCGCUGAAACAAUCUGACGUGCAAAGUGUCUGGGAUGAAGCGUCGAAGCAUGGGAGCGUCGAUGUAGUCCUGUUCACAGUCGGCGGUACUCCCAAAUUCCACCCACUUAAAGGCUUCGUGAUCACCCCCGAAAACCUCGUAACGCAAUGCUUCCUGAACCUCAUCUGCAUCGUACCUCAUACCGCAACCCCCAAGAUUGUCGCAAUAUCUUCCACGGGCCUUACGCACGAAUCUCACGCCAGCCUGCCUCUCCUUUUGAAACCCUUAUACGGGUAUCUACUUGCUGUUCCUCACAAAGACAAAAUGGGGAUGGAGCGAGUGAUUGCUUAUUGCGCUGGUUGGGAUUGGAACACUAAGGACGAUGGAGAACCUAGCGAAAAAAUCAUGGGUUCCGCCUGGAGGGAGAGGGAAGGUUUACCUGCAGCUGGGUCGGUGAAGAACAUCAUGGUGGUGCGACCUGCUCUGCUCACCGAUGGAGCGUGCCGAGCCGACGGUUCAGACAAGCCUGCGUAUCGAGUGAGUGAUAAGGAAAUUCAGGGUGGAUAUACCGUUUCGAGGAAGGAUGUCGCUCAUUUUGUGGUGGAUGCUGUUUCCAAUCGGUGGAAUGAUUUUGCGGAUAAAACUAUCACUAUCGUCUAUUGA